AUGGCUUCAUGUGAAUUUUCUAAGUACCGGUAUGUCGGAGGUGAUUGUGGAGCAAGCUUAGUACUUCCAAGUGGUGAUUUGGGUGUAAGAAUUUCUGAAUGCUCUAAGGACAUCAAAGGCCACCUCAAGACGUGUGGCGUUUCAGAUGGUACACUAUGUUCGGAGGCGACGCUUCUGUUGGCGCGUGCAGGUAAAUCAAAUUCUAUUCGAGUUUCACCUGUUGUAGCAUGAAUGAAAGUUAUUUUAUUCAACUUACCCGUUUACCCGUAUUUAUUCACUUAUAAGGCGCACUCGGUUAUAAGACGCACCCUAAACUUUCAAAGACGACUGUGACAAGUAAGCAAGAUCAAAAUUUCACCAAAAUACCUUGUUAUAAGGCGCACCCAGAAUUACGGGAAAAUUUUGUUGACCACGUUCGCUGUUCUUACAACAAUUUGCUUCCAGAAGUUACUAAUUACGGUGCUUUCACUCUCAAAACAAAAGCGAAAAAGUCACACAUUACAAACAAUAGCAAAAAAAGUCACACAUAGACAAUCACAUAAAAGUCACACGUUUUCAUUCACUCAAGUCAUCCCUCUCAGGAAACAGCGUUUUAAGUUAUGAAUACUAAUCGAUCCGUUUUUACGUUUAUAAACAAUACUCAUCUGACAGAUCUUUCAUUCAUCAGUUGCAAAACUCAUCUUAAUCUUCGAGCAUUCGUUCAGCGUACCGUAAAUUUUCAGUAAUUAUGCCAAGCACUCGUCGUCAUUCCUAUGAUCUAAACUUCAAGUUGAAGAUCGUAGCAGAAGCAGAAGCCGUGAACAACAACCGUGAAAUUGCUCGCAAAUACGGAAUAUCGGAAUCGAUGGUCCGUAAAUGGAGAAAUCAACAGCAUGUCUUGUUCAGCCAUCAAAGAAGCUAAGGUAAAAAUUGAUAACUGCACUGUUUACAUUACCCCUAAAGGUUGUUUACGUUGGAAUUUUGCCGUUAAUCGCUGAUCACAUUGUUUUCAUAUUUGCAGGUCUCGCAGUAAACAGCAUCAUGAUUCGGCUAAAGGCAAAGGAACUCAGCUCGGAUUUAGAGUUCAAGGCGUCCCCUGGGUGGUAG